GUAUGGCGCCAUAUUGCAUUUUAGUUCCAGAAUGUAGGGUGUCAACCUUUACAUGACAGUAUGACACCGCUAGUGCUCACUCGAGCCUCGAGCGUUUAGAUAACGUUCGAGGACUGACGGUACGCCUGAUCGAUCAGUCGAGAUGGCAACUGGGGACGAUAGGCGUGUUGCUCUGAUAACGGGUAUCACCGGACAAGAUGGUUCUUAUUUGGCGGAAUUCCUGCUGGAGAAAGGAUACACCGUUCACGGCAUCAUUAGACGAGCGAGUUCGUUUAACACCGCUCGCAUCCAGCACCUCUACGAGGAUCCCAAGUGCCAUCGGCAAGGAAAAAUGAUAUUGCAUUAUGGUGACAUGACAGAUUCCAGUAGCCUGAUCAAGGUUAUCAGCGCCGUACAGCCAACGGAAAUUUAUAAUCUUGCGGCGCAGAGUCACGUUAUGGUCAGCUUCGAGGUGAGCGAGUACACUGCCGAGGUAGACGCGGUAGGAACGGUGAGACUGUUGGACGCGAUACGCACGUGUGGCUUGGAGAAGUCCGUCAAAUUUUAUCACGCGUCCACUUCCGAGCUCUACGGUAGAGUGGUGCAAGUUCCUCAAGAUGAAAAGACACCGUUCUAUCCUCGUUCUCCGUACGCGUGCGCAAAGUUGUACAGUUUCUGGAUCGUCGUGAAUUAUAGAGAAGCGUACAACAUGUUCGCGUGUAAUGGGAUAUUGUUCAAUCACGAGAGCCCGCGAAGGGGAGAGAAUUUUGUCACGAGGAAGGUGACCAGGUCGAUAGCGAAGAUACAUUUGGGCCUGCAGGACGUGCUGGAACUGGGCAACUUGGAUGCGAAGCGAGACUGGGGCCAUGCCAAGGAUUACGUUGAAGCGAUGUGGCUGAUGCUCCAACAGACGCAACCGGACGACUACGUUAUAGCGACGGGAGAGACGCACAGUGUGAGGGAGUUUGUCGGGACGGCCUUCCAGUACGUAGGUCGCACGAUUCAGUGGAAAGGCGAGGGUGUCGAUGAAACGGGUCACGAUGCACAAACCGGUCAACUAUUGGUUCGCGUCAACCCCAAGUAUUUUCGUCCAACGGAAGUGGACGUACUGUUGGGUGAUGCGUCGAAAGCUAGAGACAAAUUCGGAUGGAAACCGACCGUUACGUUUAAGGAACUCGUAAAAGACAUGAUGGAUUCCGAUCUAGAAUUAAUGUCGAAAAAUCCAAAUGCUUAAUAAUGUAAUGCAAAUUGCGAAUGCAUUUUCCAAGUGUUUUUACUUCCGUGAAAAAGAAAUGACAGCAUUCACAGAGUUGUCAGUUUUGUAAAUAUGUCGGUGUAAAAGAUUAAAAGAGAUAAAAUAGGC